AUGGAAGUGAAUGGUGAACCAGAUAUAGCUGGUAUUUUCAGCGCGGCUUUAAUGCCGUUGAAAGAUAUGAAAGAUGCAGAUAUUUUGGACCAGUAUGAAAUGAACAUGGCUGAUGGAAAUAUAACACCUGACGUUCUAGAACAUUUAUCUCAAAGAACUACACAGAACCAUAAAGAUGGUAUAUUUGGUGAAGAGUUUAGAAAGAAAGUUAGGGAGAGAGAAGGAAGAGAACCUAUUGUACAUGACCUUGCAAACGAAAGUUUGCAAAAUGUCAUAAAAACUUACUUUGCAGACAAUGAACCGAGAAGGGAUGAAUAUUUAAGAAAACUCAAAUGGACAGUACCAAAUGAAAUGUUAGUAUUGAAAAACAUGUUCCUUGACAAAAUAAAACCAACUACAGAAAUAAACGACGCAAGACUGAAAGAUUGGGUAAAAGCUUUCCCAUUCACAAAAGAUAUAGUUGGUAACAUGGAAAGAAAACCAGAAUGGCUACAAAAACAUAUAUUUGGAAACGAGCAUAUUCCAUAUGGACAGGCACUGUUUGAAGAGCUUGAACCAGAAACUCAGGAAAGAGUCAUGCAAACAAUACGCGAAGACUCAAAUACAGACUAUGACAAACUCUUUCUAGGAUAUAGGUUACCUGAGAUGGGCGACCAGAGCCAAAAGGCAAAAAGGACAUGGGAAAUUUGCAACAUACUAGAUGAACAUAAUGCAAAGAUGCAACAACUUCAAGCAGAGGGCAAUGAAGGAAAAAGAAGAGUUAAAAACUCAGUCAGGAAGAAAGUAAAGCUUGGUCCACGUGGGUUCUAUUAUGACAUAUAA